AAUACUGAAGUGCGUAAGUUCGUUUAAUGCCUUUUCGCCUUGCAAUUCGAGUUAUUUCCAAAAGGCGUAGUAAAUAUUUUAUGGUGGUAGCGCGAAAGUCACCAGAAAAACAGAUCGCGACGGUCUCUGGAGCCAAAAUAUUGUAGUAAAUUUGGUUCGGCGUAUUUCCAUUAAAUUCCGAGCCAUCCUUUAGCUUUAAGUAAAAUAAAGUGCUUAAAAGUGAUAAAAAUCAAAUGGCAGAAGCUGAUAAGUUAAAUAUCGACAGUAUUAUAGCCCGUCUUUUGGAAGUGCGAGGAGCGCGACCUGGCAAAAAUGUACAACUCACAGAAGGAGAAAUCAGGGGCCUGUGCCUGAAAUCUCGAGAAAUCUUUCUUUCCCAGCCGAUUUUAUUAGAAUUAGAAGCUCCACUUAAAAUAUGCGGCGACAUACACGGCCAGUACUACGAUUUGUUACGUCUAUUCGAAUACGGAGGCUUUCCGCCCGAAUCGAACUAUCUCUUUCUCGGCGACUACGUAGAUCGCGGCAAACAAUCGCUCGAGACGAUCUGUCUACUCUUAGCGUACAAGAUUAAGUAUCCCGAAAACUUCUUCCUCCUCCGAGGGAAUCACGAGUGCGCGUCGAUCAAUCGCAUCUACGGCUUCUACGAUGAGUGCAAACGGAGGUAUAACAUUAAGCUGUGGAAGACGUUCACCGACUGCUUCAAUUGCCUGCCGGUCGCCGCGAUCGUCGACGAGAAAAUCUUCUGCUGUCACGGCGGUCUCAGUCCGGACCUACAGUCGAUGGAACAGAUCAGGCGGAUAAUGAGGCCGACUGACGUGCCCGAUCAGGGUCUGCUCUGCGAUUUGCUGUGGUCCGAUCCCGAUAAGGACACGAUGGGCUGGGGCGAGAACGAUCGCGGCGUCAGCUUCACGUUCGGGGCGGAGGUCGUCGGGAAAUUCUUACACAAACACGACUUCGACCUCAUCUGUAGGGCGCAUCAGGUGGUCGAGGAUGGUUACGAGUUCUUCGCGAAACGCCAGCUGGUCACGCUGUUCAGUGCCCCCAAUUAUUGCGGGGAAUUUGACAACGCCGGCGCCAUGAUGUCGGUCGACGAGACUUUAAUGUGCAGUUUUCAAAUUUUGAAACCGGCAGACAAGAGGAAAUUCCAGUACGGCGGCUUGAACGCGGGGCGACCGGUGACGCCCCCUCGCGGCGCUACGAAUAAAAACAAAAAGAAGUGAAGGAAUUUAUCGUUAAGUUUAGGCUAAGUUUUCUUUAAACGUUCUCCUUUUCAAGCAAACGAAUGACAAAAAAAAACGUAAAGAGAAGGUAGCACAAUCUUGCUUGGAAACGGGGCGGUUUUUCGGACCUCCUCAACAACAUAAAAGUGUUAUACUUGUAGCCUCCCAAUUCUUAUGUAAGUUGGUUUUGUAUAUAAAGAAUAUUAAUUUUUU